AUGAAGAACGUAUUGAUUACUGGAGCUAAUCGAGGUAUUGGCUUGGCAUUAGUAAAACAAUUUUUGGCAUCGAAGGUCGAUUAUGUUUUUGCAGCAUAUCGCCAAAUGGAUCGUUCAAAAGAGUUAUUCGAUUUGGCCAAACAACAUUCAGCAACGGUGAUACCAAUUCAAUUGGACGCUAUCGAUGAUUCAAGUAUACAAAAAGCAGUCGAUAAGGUCGAAGAACGGUUGAAUGGUAAAGAUUUCAACUGUUUAAUCAACAAUGCAGGUACAACAACGAAAUUAAGAUUCGCUAAUAUCAACGAAAAGGAUAUGAUGGAAACCUAUCGACAGAACGUAAUUGGACCAUGGAAAGUCACCAAAGCAUUUCUACCUCUUUUAGAAAAAUCUGCUUUUCAACUCACUCAACGCGAUAUAAAACAAUCUUCAGUGAUUAACAUUUCGUCAAUUAUGUCGUCGCUUGAAUUAGCCAGUAAAUUACCUAUUCCUUAUUAUGAUUAUCAAUGUAGUAAAGUUGCGUUGAAUAUGUUAACAAUUUGUAUGGGUAAAGAUCUUGAGAAGAAGAAGAUUUUCUUUUCAUUCCUUCAUCCUGGUUGGGUUAAAACAGAUAUGGGCACAGAUAAAGCACCACUAACACCAGCUGCUGCUGCUGUAAAUAUUCUCGAAUGUCUACAAGCUAUGACCAACGAACAUUAUUGCAAAUUAAUCGAUACACGUGAUGGAAAGAAAGUGACAGUUUUACCUUUCUAA